AGAGGCUAAAAUUGCUACUGGGAAGUUGAACAUUGCAAUCUUUCCCUAAAUUAGUUCACUUUACAUCGUCAGUAACUAACAUUUCAACUCAUCAUCAUAAACAUUUCUUGCCUUUUCAUAUGUUUACCUCUUGUUCAAGUUGUCCCAAGUCAUUUUAAGUCCCUAAAUAUAUUGUCGCCAUCAUUGAAUGCUUUAUAUGAUUGUUUAGUGUUAACUUAUUAAAAUUGGAAACACAUUUCAAUCUUUAAGUUGAAAAGUAAAGAUUCCCAAAUAGUACAAUGUUGGUCAAACUCUGUCUACUCGUUGUCAUUUUAUCCCUCAUUCCCUCAGGAUUUUAUGUCAAUGGUGAAAAGGUGAUUAAGAAUGGUAAAAAAUCGUCCCAAUCAGAAAUUAAAGACUCGGCUAAAAAUCCAUUACAAAAAGAUCCAUGUUCAAAGACUCGAUGUGGACCUGGUCGUGAAUGUGUCGUUGAUCCUGCAACUUCAGAGCCCAAGUGUCUUGCAUGAGAGAGUGUGGACCAAAUAAGGAUCCUCGUCGCCAAGUUUGUGAUAAUUUCAAUAACACAUGGAACUCAGAUUGUCAUUUAUUCAGACAUCAAUGUGCUUGCAAAGAUGGAGAAUCAAAAGAUUGCACUGAAAAUCAUAGCCACAUGCACAUUGAUUAUUAUGGAGAAUGUAAAGAGUUGGGUUCAUGUGAUCAAGGCACAUUAGAUGAUUUCCCUCGACGAAUGAAGGAAUGGCUUUACACAAUCAUGAGCAAAAAAUAUCCCAAACCAUCGGAACACGAGAAAGACAAUUAUCACCACGGAUGGAUUAACGCAAUAAUCUGGAAAUUCUGUGAUUUAGAUACUGAGCCACAUGACAGGAAAGUUUCUCGUCAUGAAUUAUUUCCACUUCGAGCACCUUUACUAUCAAUGGAACCCUGUAUUGGACGCUUUUUGGACUCCUGUGAUCCAAAUAAUGACCAUCUAGUAACUCUAGCUGAAUGGGGUAAAUGUUUAGGUGUUGAUAAAGGUGAAAUGGAGGAUAAAUGCAGUGAAUUCAACUCAUCUUCAGAUGACAAAUAAAUUGGAAAGAUGUAAAGCAAUGGCUUGAAGCAAAUAAUCCAACGAAUGGCUAUUAUGGUUACACUUAUUUAAUCCUGUUAAAGUUACAACAAUUUACAUUUUCUUAACUUUAAUUUGCCCAUUUUCUUGAUUACCAUUAUAAUGAGCUUUUUGAAAAUUUAAUCAAAAAUUUUUCCUUUAAAUUAAAUUCCUUUCAAAAGUUGCGCGCAAACUUAAUCAAACAAAAACCAAAACAAAAGCAAUUGAAAUUUGAAAACUUAAUGAAAACCUAAUGAAAAGAUGAAAUUGUAAAGAGGAAAAGGAAGAAAUGAAGGAAUAAAAAGAUUCAAUGUUUCCAUAUCAAUCAACUUAGACAAUAUUUCAACCUGGACUCCAUUAGAUGAAACAGCCCACCGACGAGUCUCAACUUUCACUUGAUUAAACAACAUUUAGAAGCAUUAAAACACCUUUAAACUGA